CAGCAAUCUCUCACUAUUACCACAGAUGGUGUGAACAGGACCUCUGCUGCGUGGCCACCAAAGAGCAGAGCGGCUGCUAUGACCCAGAGAGCCCAGGUGCAGACACAGCGUUGGUGUAUGAAGGGAUGCCAGGACCCUGAACCACACUUGGCUGAACCUGUGAUCACAUGAAUGUGGGGUCCUACCAAAGUUCUAUAUUCAUUAGAUAUUCAUAUAGCUUUGCAUCAAAAAAAAAUCGUAAAAUUUAAUACAAAUGCUUUUUUUUGUCCAUCCAUCCAUCCAUUUUCCAAACCACUUAUCCUACUGGGUAGCGGGGGGUCCGGAGCCUAUCCCGGAAGCAAUGGGCAUGAGGCAGAGAACAACCCAGGAUGGGGGGCCAGCCCAUCGCAGAGCACACUCACAGACCAUUCACUCACACAUCUACUCCUAUGGGCAAUUUAGUAAUUCCAAUCAGCCUCAGCAUGCCUUUGGACUGUGUUGAGAAAUCAGAGUACCCGGAGGAAACCCCACGACGACAAGGGGAGUACAUGCAAACACUUUUUUUGUUUUCCUGUUAUAUAUGCUGAUUAAUUUCUUUGAUGGUAAAAAAGAUGAAUACGACCUCAGUCGUAGAUUUUUUUUGGUCCCUACUGGCACUUUAUUCUGAUUUCUUACGUGUUCUUAACACACAAUGACAUAUAAUAAAGCUUUUAUUAACAAAUGUAGGUGGACAAAUGAAGGCUCCUUGUAUGCCUAAAUCAGCCGUCAGGAUAUUUUAUAGUUUGUAUAGUUUAUAUAUUAAAUUGUUUUUAAUGCUGCUUAUUAAAGAUGUUAACCUGUAUGUGAGUUAUUGAAUUUCUAAUAUUUUUAAAAGAUUUUUUGAUAAUUUUAUAUUUUAUUAUUCAGGCAGGACCACACAAACUGCUGUAGUCGCACUGAAAAACAGAUUACUCCCUUAGUGUCAGAGAACUUUAUCCAUCCAUUUUCUAACAAUGCUGGUUUCCACUCAGUCAGGAAUCCAUACUCUGUGACCGAGAUUGGGUAGCUGCUGAACAAAAAUCCCAUCCCUGGAGAUGUGAGCUAACCACUGAGUUCCCAUGGAAAACCUGAAUGAAGACAGAUCUUGAAGACCGUGCAGUGACCGUCCCCUUUAAGAAGGAGGUCCGUAGCCUGUCAACGUGACUUAUUAGGAAGUGGACAAAUGAAGUCUGCUGUUUAUCCCAAGUUAUUGCUACUCAGCAGCUUACGGAACGUGAAAGAAAUAUCGUUGGCAAAAAUUUGGUUAUGUCCAGCUCCGGUCCAGCGUGCUACUCUUGACAACUUACUUCCUAAAUACGAUCAGUGACCUCAAUGGCCUGAGUGUCCCAUUAGGCGCAAAUAUUCACGAUGCAUCUCAAAGAACCCACUGAGGAAUGCCACCUGGUUAUGCGCUUGAAUGAGAGCCAGCGGUGUUUUUUCAUCCGGAAUACUCCUGACUGCAACCAAGAUGGAGGUUUUUUAAACUAUUUGGAGACGGCAUUCUGCCUCUUUCCAACCAACCUCCUUCCUUUAGCGAUCUUCUUCUAUGUUCUAUGGCUUCUCUUCCUGUUUAUUGUUCUUGGACUCACAGCAUCUAAGUUCUUCUGCCCCAACCUAUCUGCCAUAUCUGCCACCUUGAAGCUGACCCAUAAUGUCGCUGGUGUGACCUUUUUGGCUUUGGGCAAUGGGGCUCCGGAUGUAUUCAGUGCUAUGGCAGCCUUUUCUCACCCCCAAACUGCUGGAUUGGCCAUUGGGGCAUUGUUUGGAGCAGGGAUCUUCGUCACCACCAUCGUUGCUGGUAGCGUGGCCCUUGUCAAACCCUUUACGGUGGCUUCCCGUCCCUUUUUGCGGGACGUCAUCUUUUACAUGGCCGCUGUCUUCUGGACUUUCCUUAUCCUCUACAAGGGUCAGAUUCAUCUGGGGGAAGCGCUAGGUUACUUGUGCUUGUAUGUGGGAUACGUUUUCACAGUUAUCAUCAGUGCUUACAUCUAUAACCGACAGAAACACUUCAUCAACGGACCAUUACAGAAUGGCUCUAACCAUGUACCAGAUCUGCAGUCUGACACUGAUGAGAGCUCAUCCCUACCAAACUCUAGUAUUCAGGACUAUGAGUACCAGCCCCUGCUUACAUGCAUGGAAUCCACUAGCCAAAUUUUCCUCAAGUCUCUUAACCCAGUGGACAUCAGAAAAUGGAGGAGAAAGCCCUUGUACUGGAGAGCAUUUAAGGUGAUAAAGGUGCCAAUAGAAGUGAUUCUGUUGCUGUCUGUGCCUGUUGUUGACCCAGACAAGGAAGACCGCAACUGGAAACGACCCCUUAACUGCUUGCAUCUUAUUACGGGCCCUCUGAUUUGUGUGCUUACCUUCCAAUCAGGAGAGUAUGGGUUGUUGUACAUUCAAGGGGGCUUCCCAGUCUGGGCAUUGACUCUUCUCAUCGGACUCUUCUUGUGUGCCAUCGUCUUCUGGAGCACAACUAAUUACCAGCCCCCCAGAUUCCACUUUCUUUUCUCUCUGCUAGGUUUCCUGGUCAGUGCGAUGUGGAUGAACACGGCCGCAACAGAGGUCGUGAGCUUACUAAGGACAUUGGGUGUGGUUUUCAGCCUUAGCAACACAGUACUGGGCCUCACCCUGCUGGCCUGGGGCAAUAGCAUUGGAGAUUGCUUCUCAGACAUCACAAUUGCACGCCAGGGGUAUCCACGUAUGGCCAUCUCUGCCUGUUUUGGGGGAAUUAUCUUUAACAUGGUUUUUGGUAUUGGGCUUGGCUGCCUGCUGCAGAUGUUCGCACACAAUAAUGUGGUAAAACUCCAGCCAGAAGGGUUACUGGUCUGGGUACUAGCAGUGGCCCUUGGCUGCAGCCUGGCAUUCUCCUUCAUUCUGGUGCCUCUGCAGUGCUUUCACCUAGGCCGUCCAUAUGGAGCUUUCCUUCUGCUCUUCUAUGCUGUCUUCCUGUUGGUGGCACUGCUUACAGAGUUUGGAAAAAUUAAAGUGGGGUGACAGCCAUUCUGCUCAUCUGCUGAUAUUUUUGUACAACCUGUCUGUUGUCUCAAGGUAAGGGACAUUGUGUUCUGCAUAGCCCAGUAUGCUUUGAGAGUCCCUCACUAAAACUAUGUUUAUACGAUUUUAUUAUAUAAUUCAUAACUGGAAAAGAUAAUAUUUAAUCAUUUUAAUUGGUUGGCCCAGCUUUAAAGACCUCCUAUGAGACCCCAUCUCGACAAAUUUUAUCUUGGGUGUCCCCCUACUCUACACUUGUAAAGUUUCAUUAUUGGGGAAUCAAUAUUACAGUGGUUUGUGUUCUCAUUUAAUGGAAGUGCCAAAACUAUUUAUCAAAGUGACUUGACUAUGUGUGCUUCUGUGGUUGGGUGAUUAUUAUCAUUUAUCCAAAUGUUUUUAAAUUAAAAUAUUGAAUAUUAUAUAUUUUUAUGUCAUCCAGCCCUAAAAGAGAAUAUUGCAAUUUUCUUGCUGAAUAUAAAAUUCAGCUGCUCAGGGACAUGUGUAACUUUUUUUUAGAUGUAAAAACACUUGUUUGAUUUGGUCCUGUUAACUUAGCUCUGCUGUUCUGGUUUUUGUUCUUGUAUUAAAGUUAGCUAGCGCUACCUUAGACUUCAGAAAAGCUAUAUAUUUUCACAUUACAUGUAAGUGUUAUCUCAUCAUUCCUCAAUAACCAAAGCAGUAACAGUGGUCAUAUGAUCCUGGGUAGAGUCGGUCCUAAGCAGGAUAGGCCAUGAGGCUGGAGCACCCCUUGGACCGGAUGCUGGUCUAUCGCAGAGCACAUACACAUGGUCAUGGCCAGUUUAGAUACCAGCUAGCCUGACUUUGCGCUGUAGGGGGAGCCCUGAGAGAAACAGGGAGAGUAUGCAAACUUCACACACAGACAGCAGAGAUAUGAGGGUCUUUUUGGAAGGCUUCACUGCGUCUAAAGUGCUUUGUGCUGCAGAUUUUUAGCUUUUUCUAGUGUCACGAACAAUAUGACACUAAAGUAUGGUUUGAUGGUAAGGUCUGGACACAAGCUUUCAUCUUACACUUGGGAAAUGAAUUUAUUAGUGUGUUUCUGCUCUAGGAAAAAAUCCAGUACCCAAUUUUUGAAAUAUUUGAUUUGGUUAACAAGUCCUUAAGCCAAAUCAUUUGUGUUACAUAAAUACAAGACACAUUUCUGAAUAAUUAAACAUUUAACUUGAAUAUGAAUAUACCAAGCCUUUGUACUUGGUACUGUUCUGUACAGUUUGUAAUAGGCUCUGGCCUUCUACAUGGCCUUACCAAGAUAUGUGAUUAGAAGUGGGAUGACUAUUUGUUACAGUAACUCACAGAUGAGGGAAUGCUGAAUGUCUAGGGUUUCAGUACUGUAUCACUGCAUUGUGUGCGCACACUUGUCCUAUACUGUACUUGUUUUAGUUUUUUUGUGAGUGUGAAUAUUAUCAAAAUUAAACUGCCAUCACUGAGAAUUUAUAUAAUAUAAAAGAUUGUCUGGUUUUGCUUUUGUUUAUAUAAUUCUGUCAGUGUGUGUAAAGUAAAUAAGUGAUCAUUUAUUAAAUGGUGUUGGAAAUCA